AUGGCGGUACCCACACCUCCCAUUCCGCCUGUGUCGCCAGACUCGGGCCCUACCGACCCUACCCUCCCCAAGCUUCCUGCUGGAUGGAUAGCGCAGUGGGAUAACUCAUCGCGAAAGUACUACUAUGUUCAAAUCAGCACCGGCGUCUCUCAAUGGGAACUGCCCACUAGCGAAGCGCCCGUAGGCGGCUCCUCAUCGCACAGCACACCCGCGCAACAAACGAACCCAUACAACGUACCCGGCGCAUCAGGCCCAGAAGCCGGUGACGGACAACGAGGCAUGGGCGACGGCCCGACUGGCGACAGGGCAGGCGGAUUGGGCGGCUUUGCGAUGAACGCGCUUAUGGGCAACAAGCAGAGUAGUAGUGGUGGACAUGGCAGCGGCGGCUCGGGAAACCUCGUUGGCCAACUCGCUGGAAGUUUCCUGGGCGGCGGGAAACAACAUGGGAGCUCUUCUGGAGGACAUUCGGGUGGUGGUGGCGGCGCUGGCAACCUUGUUGGACAGCUUGCUAGUGGUCUGCUAGGCGGCGGGAAGCAGCAUGGAAGUUCGUCUGGAGGCCAACAUGGUGGCAGUUCUUCUGGAGGCGGUCUUGGAGGCAUGCUUGGGAGUGUACUAGGUGGUGGAUCGCAUAACAAGCCCAACAACGGCAGCGGCGGCGACUACGGUUACUCCAGUGCCUCGUCCAGCGGAACCUACACCGGCACUGCGCCCCCAACUUCCUACAACCCCAGCGCCCAAGGCGGCCAAUACGGCAGCGGUCCUCCGAGCCACUCGAGUUACUCAUCGCCUGCGCCUGCCCAACAAUAUGGUCAGGGUCAAGCUCACGGAGGCUACGGCUCACAACAACAUACUCCCCAGCCGCAGCAUGGCCAGCAGCAACACGGCUACGGCUCGCAAGCUGGGUUUGGAGGACAAUCAGGAUACGGUGGGCCGGCACCAGGGUACGGUCAAGGACCACCACAGGGAGGCCCGCCAGGCGGCUAUGGACAACAAGCUGGUUACGGAGGUCCAGCAUAUGGCGCACCAAGCGGCCCUUACGGCGGCGCUGCAAACUACGAUAACCACCAGCACAACCAAUAUGGUGGUGCUCCUACGCAUGCUAAUCAGUAUGGCGGAGGCCAACAGUAUCCUCCUCCUCCUGGGGGUCAUCAGGCUGGGUAUGGUGGACCGCCAGGUCCCCACACGCCUCAGCCGGGCUGGCAGUAG